AUGGUGUGUAGUGAUUCAGACGGCCGUCGACUCAAUGCCAAGGCGCACAGUAGUAAUUACAAUAUACGCAGUUCAGCUCCGGUUGCUCAAAUAAAUCUUCCAGUAUUUCCACAGCGGCUUUGUUCAACACAGCAAAGCAACGGCUACAACCACAAUCUCCUUUCCCCGGCUGAACUUCUCUCUCCCUCUGACCUCACCCGUGUUUUACUCCUCCAGUCCAAGAGGCGUUCGCAGGGCCUCUCCCUCGACACCAUCUACCACUGUCUGAACCGGACGGUGCUCUACCAGCUCUGCCGUCCCCACAAGACGGUCGCUCAGCAGGUGGCCCUGCUGGACGCCCUGCGGGUCCUGACCGUCAACCGCAACCUGGUGCUCGGGCCGGGCAACCACGACCAGGACUUCGUGGCGUGUCUGGCUCACUGCUUCAUCUGCCUGCACAGUGGGAGCAGCGUGGAGGGCUUCGGUCUGGAGGCGGAGGCCAGAAUGACGACCUGGCAUGUCAUGAUGCCCACAGAAAACGAGGCUGAUGCCACACACAGCCAGGACGUCAGCGAGGGGCGGCAGCUGCUGUUGAAGGCUGUGAACCGCGUGUGGACGGAGCUGAUGCACAGCAAGCGUCAGAUGCUGGAGGACAUCUUCAAGGUGUCUCUGCCCUGUAACGACCGAGGCCACGUGGACAUCGUCACGGCCCGGCCCGCCCUGGAGGAGCCGGCCCUGAAGAGCUGGCAGAACCACCUGGUCCAUGAGAAGAAGUGCAUCAGCCGCGGUGAAGCGGUGGCACCGGCGACCCAGUCCAAACUGUCCAGAGUCAGCAGCGGCUUCGGUCUCUCCAAGCUGACGGGCGUCCGCCGCAACAAGAAGGAGAACAGCCUGAACAAGAACAGCCUCUCUGCACAGGAGACAUUCCAGUGGAUGUUCACACACAUUGCUGUUGUUCGAGACCUGGUGGCCAUGCAGUACAAAGAAUAUCAAGAGCGGCAGCAGAACACUCUCAAGUACGUGACCGAGGAGUGGGCGUCCAUCGAGUACGAGCUGCUGCGUGAGCGCGGCCUCUGGGGGCCCCCCAUCGGCUCCCACCUGGACAAGUUCGUGCUGGAGAUGACGGAGGGGCCCUGCAGGAUGAGGAAGAAGAUGGUCCGCAACGACAUGUUCUACAUCCACUACCCAUACAUCCCUGAGACGGAGACAAACACCAACUCUGCGCAGAAGCCUCUGCGUUACCGGCGAGCCAUCAGCUACGACAGCAAAGAGUACUACGUGCGUCUGCUGUCUGGAAACCCCGGCAUGUACCAGCACUCUGUGGAGCACAGCACCGAGGGAGAGACCACGCAGCACGAGCCCGAGCACGGAGAGGACACCAUCGCGAGGGUCAAAGGUCUGGUGAAGGCCCCUCUGAAGAGGUCUCGGUCCACGGCGGACGGAGCGGACGAGGACAGUCAGGAGCAGCUUCAGGAGCAGCUGUUGGAGUCAGGAGGCCCAGAAGAGGAGCAGAGGACCGACAACACAUCACUGCUGCGCCUCCUGGAGGAAGGAGAGAAGAUUCAGCACAUGUAUCGCUGUGCCAGAGUUCAGGGUCUGGACACCAGCGAGGGUCUGCUGCUGUUCGGAAAGGAGCACUUCUACGUCAUCGACGGCUACACCAUGACCGUGUCCAGGGAGAUCAGGGACAUUGACACGCUGCCGACAAA